GGGGUCAGCGCUAAGGCCGCGGGGGCAGCGACGGCGCCGGGUUGCGGGAGCGGCGGCCGUGCCAUGUGGCUGCUGGGGCCGCUGUGCCUGCUGCUGAGCAGCGCGGCUGACAGCCAGCUGCUCCCCGGGAACAACUUCACCAACGAGUGCAACAUUCCGGGCAACUUCAUGUGCAGCAACGGGCGGUGCAUCCCGGGCGCCUGGCAGUGUGACGGGCUGCCCGACUGCUUCGACAAGAGCGAUGAGAAGGAGUGCCCCAAGGCAAAAUCGAAAUGCGGCCCAACGUUCUUCCCCUGCGCCAGCGGCAUCCACUGCAUCAUCGGCCGCUUCCGGUGCAACGGGUUUGAGGACUGUCCCGACGGCAGCGACGAAGAGAACUGCACAGCAAACCCUCUGCUUUGCUCCACGGCACGCUACCACUGUAAGAAUGGCCUCUGCAUCGACAAGAGCUUCAUUUGUGACGGGCAAAAUAACUGCCAAGACAACAGCGACGAGGAAAGCUGUGAAAGUUCUCAAGAACCUGGCAGCGGGCAGGUGUUUGUGACUUCGGAGAACCAGCUCGUGUACUACCCCAGCAUCACCUAUGCCAUCAUCGGCAGCUCCGUCAUCUUCGUGCUGGUGGUGGCCCUGUUGGCGCUGGUCCUGCACCACCAGCGGAAGCGGAACAACCUCAUGACGCUGCCGGUGCACCGGCUGCAGCACCCUGUGCUGCUGUCCCGCCUGGUGGUCCUAGACCACCCCCACCACUGCAACGUCACCUACAACGUCAACAAUGGCAUCCAGUACGUGGCCAGCCAAGCUGAGCAGAACGCCUCAGAAGUGGGCUCCCCGCCCUCCUACUCAGAGGCCUUGCUGGACCAAAGACCCGCAUGGUACGACCUUCCUCCGCCGCCCUACUCUUCCGACACCGAGUCCCUGAACCAAGCCGACCUGCCCCCUUACCGCUCCCGGUCCGGCAGCACCGACAGCACCAGCUCCCAGGCCGCCAGCAGCCUCCUGAGCGUGGAAGACGCUGGCCACAGCUCAGGGCAGCCUGGCCCUCAGGAGAGCGCUGCCCAGCCCAGGGACUCCGGGCCCAGCCAGGGCACCGAAGAAGUGUAAAAUCCAGUUAUUCCAAAGUCCAUGUGGGUUCAUCUGCUCUGACUUGUUACCAUCCUAACAACUUGCACUCAUGGGAAGCUCUUCGGGGUGCCUCCAGGAGUGAUCAGGGGCGUCAGCUGUCUCUCCUUUCCCUUCCUCCCGCAGAUUUCAGGGAUGUUCUUGGGAGGGUGACCUGGCGUUCCCCGGCAUCUCAGUUGACAUGACGUAUAUUGCGCAUCUCUUCUGGGAGGUCUCCCUUCCGCUGGGGCCCGGGAUCACAGCUUCACUCCUCGCACUGUUCUUCUGUUGCCACUGUAAUCUGGCUGAGUAGGCGGCCGCACGAAGCAGGGUGCGAGAGCCCCGAGAAGCAUGGUUUCUGCGCCGUGUUGGGCGUUCAGAAGGGCAGGAGACACUGGGCCAUGUGCUCUGUGAGUUGCCAUUUGGCAGCUGUGUUGGGGGUUUGGGGUCGAAGCCAGGCGAGUGUGGAAACCUUGCAUUGUCCUGUGCUUAACUCUCAGUUCAGGGGAGGCGGUGCCCAGAGAAAACCUUUGGCAUGAGUAGAGCCCUUCCGUAAUCAGCCAUGUCAUUUUGGGUUUGCGAAUGACCCUGAAACUGCCUGCUCUGGGUACAUUCUGGCUCUAACAUGUUGCCCGAGAAUCCUCGUUUUGAGAGCUUUCUCUGGCAACAUAUUGCCAGAAUAGGCAGGACAUCCCCACCAGCGGUCUGUCCAAGUUCUCGGCUCCUGAAAUGCAGGCUGCCAGGAGCUGAGCCCUGCUGUUGUCCACGGCCCCUUCCUUGGUUUCUGGCUCGUCGGCCUCCCAGCUGUGGCCUGCUUGUGGCCAAGGGAUGAACACCCAGCCGAAGCUGGCCUAGAGUCCGAUCUGGCCCUCCAUCCCUAUGAAGCACACCCAGCCUGCCCGGCCCAUUCAUGCAGCUUCAACACUAGCCUCCUAAGUCCCCUCAACACCCAGAAGUUGUUUCACCUGUGUGUUUGGACUUAACACCGGUUGCUCACACGUGAGAACCGUGUUCAGUACCUCCCAGCAGAGCUGCCAGCUCCCUGCACUGCGCACACUCCCCGUCGCAAGGCCCCAGUGGAGGGUUAGGGUUAGAGCAGGUUAAGCCUCUUCGGACAUCCCAUAGCUUCCCCCCUCAGAGACAUGGACAUGGACAAUUUGGAGUCAGGAUUUGCCAUUUGGACUUUUUUUUUUUUAACUUUUAGAAAUGCAUUUGAAACGGUGUGUUUGUUUUUUCCCUUCCAGUUAAGGGACUAUUUAUAUGUGUACAGGACAGCUGUCGUCGUCGUCGUCGUUUCUCAAGGGAGGUCCAAAGAACGAUGCUUAGGGAGGUCACGCCUGUGUCCCGCUAAUAAUCCCUGAUGACAAGUCACAACAGACCGACCUGCGUGCCCGGUGUUUGUGCGUUGUUGCACUUCGAGCUGUUAUUUAUCUAGUUCUCAAAGGACGCCGAGUGAGGGGGUGCCCUUCUCCCUCGGUCCCAGUCUCCGUGCUUGCUAGCUCUCCUCUCCUCCCCGCCCCGCCAGCCGCAGGGCCCGCCCCCCGGGGACACACUGGGUAGGAAAACCUAGGUGUUAUUCGGCAAGAAACGGGCAGGGGACACAACUGGAACCAGGGGGCCACCCUGGGCAGCUGUUACCCAUUCAGGGCUCCCCCCACAGCUCAGCAAACCUGCAGUAGCCUCUCGGAUGCUAACCCCCGUGGAGCCUGCAGAGGGGGAAUGAAGUGGCGGUCAGUGACCCUGUUCUGCAGACCCCUUUUUUCGAACCGGACCCAGAGGGUGUUCCAGGAAAGCUAACCACUUGUGAUUUUUUUUUUUUUAAGGAAAGGAACCUAGUUGCUUGCAUCCUUCAUUUUUAAAAUAACACUGUAGUUAUUUUCUGAGAAGUCCAAUGAAGAAAGAACUUUUGAUGGCAGCCGGAGUACGUCAGAAACUCGGGCUGAACAUUGCACCUCCUGUGAGUCGGAAUGGCUGUACUCCUCCCUCGGGCGGGCCCCUGCUUCCGUCUGGUGCCCCAGACCUUGUUCCGGGGCCAGGGUUCUGGUUUUAGUGAAUAGUGAACAGUGCAGUGAGUGCGUGACGCUCUCGUGCAUUUCUGCUUCCGGGCGUCUUGGGAGAAUAAAUGGUGUUAGUAGGCGAGGGGAGCCUAUUUAAUGUUUUUUAAAACACAGGGACACUUUUGUUCCAGAUUUGACUUUUUUAAUGAAUGUUUCUAAAAUACGUUAAUAAGACACCAAAGCUGUGAGGGUUUGGGGGGUUUUUUCCCCCUCUACUCAAGAUAGCAAAUUAAGUGCCCAGCGAUGUUUUUUAACUCAUUCCAGUCAGGGUAUUUUUUUACACAUUGCCUAAAUCUAUGCCAACUGGAAAACCAUCUCUGCUCUCUUUUCUCAAAUGAGGUCAAUGAGUCCUUUUUAUUUUAGCCUUAAAAUACUUCUACUGUGAUAGAUAGUUCAUCAUCUGACCCAGCUCCCUCUAAUUUGAAAUUGACACUUCUAAAAAAUGCAACUAAGUGGUUAUCGGUGUGUGAUGUUCAAAGUUCAUCUAAACUGGAAAGAUUGUGUGCAGGGCUUUUUUUUUUUUGGUUAGGUUUUUUUUUUAAUUUUAUACUUUCAAAUAA